AUGGGCGAUCAUGAGUUCUUGCGGGUAUCACCAAGCAAAGGGGUGAUACGGUUCAGCAAAAAAGGCAAGCUAAGUCCGAGAUUCAUUGGAUCAUAUAAGAUCCUAGCAAGGAUUGGACUGGUGACUUACAGAUUGGCACUGCCUCCAUCUCUAGAAGGCGUAUAUGAUGAUUUCCAUGUGUCCAUGCUAAAGAAGUAUGUCCAUGAUCCGACACAUAUCUCAUCUCAGGAGCCGCCUGAGCUUGCUGACGACAUGACCUAUGAAGAGCAACCCAAAAAAAUUUUGGAGCGCCAAAUAUACACUCUUUGCAACCGUUCUAUCUCUUACAUGAAGGUGCAAUGGAGUAAUUACUCUGAACAGGAAGCAUCUUGGGAGGUUGAAAGCGAGUUGCAAGCUAAGUAUUCUCACCUUUUCAACUUAGAUGGUAAGUCAAUUUCGAGGACGAAUUUCUUAUAA